CGAACGAGUUUUGAAUCGUCGAUCGAAGCAACACCAAAAACUCAUGCGAUGACGCUCUUUUAUGCCAUCAAAUUCCACCAUUUCUUUCCUUUCUGAGGCAAAGGGGCUGAAAUGACGACUUCUCUACCCGUAUUCCGUUUCAAACACGAACCGGAUACAAACUCGCCAAAGGAAUGGCUAAAUACGAUCAAAGCAGCGAAAAAAGAGUCGAAUGAUUACAAGACCCUUCUCAGGUUGUAUCACCGUGCUGCAGUUCUGAUUACGCCUGAGGAACACGAGAAAGACCCCGCAUACGCACAGCUCCUAGUAGAAUUCGCUCAGCUGCAGAGUAAGUCUUCUACAGAUAAUGCCAGAGACACAUUUCGCAUUGCAAAAUGCAACGUCAAGAGAUUUGCAAUCGUGUAUGUUUCCUGGGCACAGCUUGAGUUAACAGAAGGUAAUAAGACCAAGUGCAAAAAACUUUUACAUAAAGGAAAGUUAAUUGGUGCUAAGCCAGAUGAACUACUACAAAUGGCGAUAUCUAACUUUGAGCAAGGUCGAGAGAGACUACUCGAUGAGGAGACAGAGGAAAUUGCACUUACAGGAAUCCAAGUGCUUCCAAGCACCAGCCUACAACCAUCAACAGGAGUGCUUAGCGACAAUGACACCAUAGAAAGACGGGACAACACAGAUAGUGGGAUUGUAGUUUUUAAAAUGCCCUCUGUUUCGGAGGGUUCAAUAAGAACCAGACAUCGCAAUAGCACAAGCAGCAGUAGCAGCAGCAGCGGAGAGGACACUGCAACAGCACCUUUCCACAUCGUCUGCAGGGAGACCGUCAAAAAGCAGACCAUGUCUCACCAGAAGCCAUCAGCCAAACCUACGCCAGAACCCAAUAGGACAAUGGGAAGCAGUAGCCUCGCCAACAGUAUGAAUCUGUCGGUUCGAAAGCCCACCAGCGCUAGAAGAGGACUAGGGCGAGCCUGGUGUAGUACUGGAUUCCUGGGCCUUCCCACGAGAGCGAUAGGUACCCUUGAAGAGAAAGACGAAGACAGAAAUCUUGGCAAAAACAAAGAUGAACGACACGAGGAAUAUUCCAAAGGGAAUGAAAACAUGGACGGGAUUAAACCUUUUGAACUAACAGUGGAGAUAGGAGCAAUUCAGUCUACUACAACCGACGAACAGAACAAACCAAAUACCGAACAAAGUGUACUUCUCUCUGAACGAAGUCCACUUUCUAUUGAACAAAAUUCAAAUCCCUGUAAAGAGGAAAGAGGGAUUUACACUGAGCAAAAUGUUCUUCCAAACGAGCCAAUUCUGCCUAGCAAGGAGCGAAAAAGCUCGAAUGAACUAUCUAGGAAAGACGUUAUUAUUAAACAGGACAAUAUGGUUGAUAGGGUUUUUGAGAAAGAAAACGUUGUUCCAUCAAAUGAAAUUCCCGUUGCACUUCCCAGAGGCCCACUUAGAGAGAUUUCCAACAAACCGAUUCCCCCAUUUCAGGAAUCUCAAAAAGAGAAGUCCAAUGCUGUUGUUGAACAAUGUAGUGUACCAGAGCCUGUGUGGGUCUCGAAAGUUCCAGUCGCACCAGUGAAAGGCCCGCCCAAGGGGGGCGUGGCUACUCACUCUCCAGGGUUUACGAAAGUGGAGACCAUUGCUGUUAACGGAAAGAUUUAUCACAAGCUGGAGAAGAUUGGUAGAGGUGGAUCGAGUCAGGUUUUUAGAGCGUUCGAUGGCAAACGUAUGCUUGCGGUUAAGCAGGUAUCACUCGAAGAUGCGGAUGAUGUAAUCAUCGAGAGCUAUAUCAACGAGAUCACGUUGCUAAAUCAACUGCAAGGCUGUGAUCAUAUAAUCAAGCUAUAUAACUGGGAACUAAACAAAGAAGAGAAGACUAUUUUACUCGUACUGGAAGCGGGUACGAUGGACCUGUCCACAUUCCUCAGGAAGAAUCGUGGAUGUCUGAGCUCCACCCAUCUAGCCGUGUACUGGGAACAAAUGCUGCGUGCCGUGAACGUGAUCCACGAGCGUGGAAUCGUUCACAGCGACCUCAAGCCAGCCAACUUCCUGUUUGUCGACGUACAGCUGAAGCUCAUCGACUUUGGCAUUGCGAAUGCAAUACAGGGUGACCAGACAAGUAUACAGCGCGACACGCAGAUUGGCACGUUGAAUUUCAUGGCGCCGGAGGCUUUCCUGGACGUGUCAAAUGCGCACCACUCGCAUCAGAGAUCCGGCGCCAAGCCGUGUAUGAAGAUCGGCCGUGCCAGUGAUGUGUGGUCGCUCGGUUGCAUUCUCUAUAACAUGGUGUAUGGGAGGACACCUUUCCAACACAUCACCAACCAAGCCAUGAAGUUACAAUGUAUCAUCGACCCAAACUACGCUAUCGAGUUUCCCGACAUUCAGAACACUCACCUCCUUGACGUCAUGAAGGGCUGCCUUGCACGUAACCCGCGCGAGAGGUACACUAUUCAGCAGCUACUCAACCACCCUUUCCUCCAGUCCCUCAAGAUCCCGCUGUUUGCAAAGUAGUCACAGGAAUGGAAUAACAUUGGAGUAAUGGUGCCACAAACACUUAAAGCCGCAUUGUCACCAGUUUACUUCCUGAGGUCCGACGGAAACCUCAACCGUCAAAAGAAUCUAUUAAAAUUCGAGAUAUUAAACAGGCCAUCCGCUCUAAAUUAUCAAUCACAUCCUCAAAUAAGCUUCCAAUAAACACACUGCUUUCAAUAUUUUGAAAUAUUUUUCGCGUUUUACGUUAAAAAUCAUCGGAUAUUACGUAGUCGGCCGGAAGUAAACUGGUGACAAUGCGGCUUUAAAAUCUCUUUUCAAAAAUAGACCCUUGGUACCUAGCAGAAAUGGGAUGAAUCAAUAAGAACUUGUGCAGUAGACAUUUUAAAAAUCGUCUUCCGAUCAUGUUGAAAGACACUUGGCACCUAGCAGAAAUGGGCCAAAUGGAAAAUCUGGCUUGUGCAAUCGUGGGUUACCCGUUUACACCAAUCAGGUCAUGGUAACAUUGCGUACCAUUCGACUGCGUAUGCAAGAAAAAAAAAACUUGUAGUUCUUUUAUAAAGCGUCGCUAUUAACGAGAAACGUUACUGUAAAAAAAAAAUGAAUAAAAAUACAAAUAUUA